AUGCAAGAUCGAAUCGCAAGACAAAAUUACGACAGAGAGUGUCGAAAACACUAUACAAUUGCUGGAGGUAAACCUGCCAAGAUCGUUGAAUUUCCACAUAUGGCUGCUUUGGGCUGGAAAGCAUUGGACGAUACAUGGGUAUAUUUAUGUGGCGGUUCCUUAAUUAGCCAUAAAUUUGUAUUGACUGCAGCUCAUUGUACAAAACACAAACCAAUUAGAAUAAAAACGUCCACUCCACAAAUCGUCAGACUGGGAGCAACAAAUGUUUACGGACCGGAUGUCAAGUUCAACGAACUACCCGUAAUUAAAGAAAUAAAGCACAUAAUACCUCAUCCCUACUAUAAAUCUCCGAAAAAAUAUUUUGAUAUUGCAUUAUUAGAGUUAAAAGAAAAUGUGAUGUUUACAAAAUUAGUUCACCCGGCGUGUUUGAUGGUCAGCUCUGACAUUAUUCAAACCCAAUUAACAGCAACCGGUUGGGGUGCAUUAGGUGAGAAAAAAAAUAGUUCUGUGGACCUUCAAUCAACGGUGCUCGACGUAUUUAAUUUUGAGCAAUGUAGCAAUACACUAUCAUACAGCUAUCAUAGAAAUUGGCUAAGAAUGAGAAAACAUCAGAUGUGUGCUGGUAAAAUGGAUGGCAGCACGGACACUUGUCCUGGUGACUCAGGAGCGCCUCUACAGUACAAUUUGACAGAACCAAAUUUCGAUGGCAACAUGCAUGUAAUUGUUGGAAUAACGUCAUUUGGCUUGGGAUGUGCUCGUAAAGACACCCCAGGAAUUUACACAAAAAUCAGUUAUUUCAUUGACUGGAUUGAAGCAAUAGUGUGGCCUAAUUAUACAUGUAUAAAUACGAAUAAUAUUGAUGGUUAUAAUCUUACUCAAAUGAUAUUUUUCCCAUGUAAC